GAUGAACCCUAGAGUUGAAAGGUCAAACUGAAGUGUUCAGAACAGUUGAAGAAUUGACAUCAUCGGUUUUCUUACGUCUUGGUUCUUGGUGAUUAUUCUUAUAUGAUGCCUCCUAAAGGAAGAAAGAAUCGUCGAAGUUUAGGUCCUGACGUCAUUAGCAACCUUCCUGAUACUGUAAUCUAUGUCAUUCUGAUGCGUUUGCCUUGUAAAGAUGCUGUGAGAACAAGCAUCUUAUCGGAAAAAUGGAGGUAUCACUGGUGUAGACUUACAAAGUUGAAGCUUGAUGAAUCUCUUUGGAAAACAAAAACGGAUAAACUAUACCUUACAGUUAAAUUUACAAAGAUUAUAUAUCAAAUUUUGACCCUUCAUGAAGGACCCAUUACUAAGUUCAAGCUUGACGUUGCUCGUUCGAAAAGAUGUCCUACGAUUGACAACUUCAUAUAUUUCCUCUCAAGGAAUGACAUUCAACAUCUUGUUCUUCACUUUCCAUGGGAUAAGAUAUACAAAAUGCCUUCUUCACUUUUUGAAUGUUCGCAGCUUAGGCAUUUGACUCUUCAUGAUUGCUCAAUACAUCCUCCAUCAGCCUUUAAAGGAUUUUGAAGUUUAGUUAGCCUGGAAUUGUUUAGGGUCACAAUUUCUUUUGAGUUGCUCAAAAGUUUAAUAAAUCAUUGCCCGUUGCUUGAGCAGUUGGUGUUGGACGUCUCAGAAAUUUUAAACAUAAUUGAGAUUAAUGCCCCCAUGCUGAAAUCCUUUGAUUUCACAGGCAGUAUAAGUUCUCUCUGUCUAAAGAAUGUCCCUCUUCUGACAAAAGCAUCUCUGCACUUAUGUCGAGGUUCUUCUAUGGAAGCAGAGAACUUUUAUCUUGCAAAAUUUUUCGAGUCUUGUUUUGCUCUCGAGCACCUCAGCUUGUACUUUGGUGACAAGUUUGAUGAUGCAGGUGCAGAUCAAGCACCAACAAGGCUUCCCUUUGAUCAUAACCGUGUCAAGCAUUUUUACGUGCCUUGUAUGAACCUGAGGGAAUCAUAUAAGUUGUCAUAUUAUCUUUGCUUGAUAAGAAGCUUCCCAUACUUGGAGUCAUUCGAAAUUGAGGUUCUUGAUCAUCAUGAUGCUGGUGUUGUAGAAUCGCUUGAACUCGAACGUUUCUUGGAUGUGAUAUUUAAUCACCUCAAGGAAGUUAAGCUAAAAAUCUUUUCAGGAAUGACACAUGAAAUGCAGCUUAUCAAGCUUUUCUUAGCCAAGUCCCCAGUGUUGGUAAGAGUGCUAAUUGAUCCAUCGUAUCUAUGUAUCAUAAAUCUCAUAUCUCUUGACAGAAGAUCAGAAAUAUUCGCCGAGUUCUCAAACUUUUUCCGUGCAUCACCUAAAGCAGAAGUAGUCUACAUGUAUUUGGAUAACCAAACAAGUAGAUUUAAUCAGAUUGUGAACUUCGACUGAAAUGUUUUGGAAGUUACAAUUGAACAGUUUGCAACAAAUGUUGAUGUAGUAGUAUAACACUGUGUUUUGCCUUGUCGUAAUUAGGGGUGGGCAUUCGGUCGUUUCGGUUAUUCGGUUUUCGGUUUUGUAAAAGUAGUAACCGAAACCGAACUGAAAUAAGUUCGGUUCAGUUCGAUUUUUCUAAUUUCCGUUCGGUUAUUUCGGUUUGAACAUUAUCAUAUUGGACUCCUUCUAUUUAAUAA